AUGUCCGUACACGCUAGGAACGAUGUGUUUGACACGAACCCUGCUUCAGGGGCACGGUCGCUCACACAAGGCGGCUCUAAUUGGCUCUGGGCUGUUACCGCCGUCUUUGCCAUCUCGUCCCUCGUCUUACUCGUUCUCGGCCUCCGUCCUCGGCACGGCGAGCGCAUCUUCCACUAUCUCUUCACCAUCGCUCUCCUUGUCGGCGCCAUCACCUACUUUGCCAUGGCCAGCGACCUGGGAUGGUCCGUCGUAAGGCAGCAUCUCCGUGUCAGCGAAGCGGCAACGUACCAGGUCUUCUUUGCAAAGUACAUCUUCUGGGUGGUGGCGUUCCCCGCCAUUGUCAUAGCGCUGGGCCUCGCCAGCGGCGUCAGCUGGGCAACCAUUGUCUACAACAUCUUUUUGACCUGGAUCUGGAUCAUCUCCUACCUCGUUGGUGCGUACACUCGCACUCGCUACAAGUGGGGCUUCUUUACCUCUGGCACCGUGGCGUAUCUUCUCCUCGCCUACCAGACGUUGUGGUCCGGCUGGUCUGCCAGUAGGCGCUUCCCUCAUCAACGCGACUACACCUUGCUUGCAGGCUACGCCAACCUCUUCUGGUUGAUCUACCCAAUCGCUUGGGCUGUCACCGACGGUGGCAACGUCAUUGGUGUCACCCAGAUGGCAAUCUUCUUCGGCAUCCUUGAUGUGCUCCUGGUUUGUGGGCUCGCCUUUGCCUUCAUCUUCCUCUCGAAGGGGUGGGACCACCACUUAAUGCACCUGCACUUUACUCGAGAUGGCCGCGUCCCCCACGCGAGAGAGUUCCACGAAAAGCAUCCCAUCGGCGAACGAGGCGUCGGUGCUGGCGCUGGAACUGGAACUGGUGCAACAGCCGGAGCGGGUGAUGGUGUUGGUACCACUGCAGGCUACACGCAGCCUGUUUAA